GCAUGAGCUGGGCGCUGGGCUGGCGGACGCGGCUCCUGCGCUCGCCGGGCAGCCGGCGGUGGCUGGCGCGGCCGCGGGGCCCGGAGCCGGAGGACGGGGCGCCCAUCCUCUUCUCCACCAGCAAGGCCAGCCCGCGGGUGUGGAGCGUCAGCCAGUCCAUGGGGAGCGACCACGAGAGGCCGUGGGUGAAGGUGCUGCCCGUCAGCCUCGUGUGCACUGGGUUCCUGCUCUGGUGUGUGUUCAGGGAACCAACGGAGAUCGAUGAGCGACUGGAAGCAGUUUUCUCUGGUCAGGUGACGGACUCUUCAGAUGUGGCGCAGAGAAGCGACCCUCCCUUGCAACUUCAGAAGGAGAAAUGAGGAGGACGGGAAUGCGGCUGCAGUGAAGGAGCUGCCAAAAGUUUGCUGGCAUUCACUGUACUAGCAGUGUAAUGGGAGAACUUGUUUUUGCAGGCUUGCCUUACAAGCUUGAUUCCUUCAUGUGUCGUGCUGCUUUCAGUGCUGGUUUUAGUAAUCUAAGCUGGUAGCACAGAGAAUAGAUUAUUCUUGCACUGCGCCAUAGGGGUGGACAGGAUGUAUUGAAAAUCAACUUGCAUUUGAAGAUACAUUUUAUACAACCCAUCUCUUCUUCGUGGAUCAUUUUUCUUACAUCCACAGUAUAUUAGAAUAUCAAAGCUGUAAGUCUGUGAAAUUGUUGCUGAAGGUGACCUUCAUUUGACAUUUUGCUAGUCACAGAGUAUAUGCAACUUGCAUUGAAGACAACUGUAAGUGUACGUUUCAUUAAUAUGUGAUUCUGUAUUCUGUUUUUUGGGGGAGGGUUUUGUUUUUUGUUGUAAUUCUACUAAAUGGUGUAGAAAUCAUCUUCAACCCUUAAUGCAUACUUGGUGCUUGCUUUCUGACUAUAACCUUUUGGGCAUGCCUGAUUUAGAUUAUCAUUACUCAGAGGAGAGGCUUUGUAGGUGUCAUGGUUUGAGCAUGUUUUGAGGUAUUUGAACAAAAACACCCUCAAAACAUGCUCAAACCAUGACAGUAGGGAAUUGAGAUGAUUUAGUUGCAAUGUGUUAGGAGGAAACCCUUCGUUUCAUGAACAACGUAGUAUGUUUUUUCCUUAUAUCAAUACUCAAACUUGCACACUCUGGACGCUUUUCAUGGAGAGGAGGAAUUUAAGCUACUCCUACAACCUAUUUCCCUUCAAAGUUAGAGGCAUUCCUUUUAAGCUUCCUAAUGUAAAAAUGUAAAACUUUAUGUGCCAUUAAAAUACUUAAUCUUUAAAAAGAAAAGAAAAUAAAUAAACCCAAAACACCAUCACCACCACCUCCCACAACAACCAGUAACUCCAACCAUGGCAGCAGCCGGUAAGACUACAGCGAAAACUGUCACAGCAUCAUGUUUGUCUGACACUGCCGAAGAGUCUCUAUGCGCACUAUGCUUUAAUUUUGCUGUUGAGCAAAAUCAGGACAUCCAGGUGUUGCUUAAUAAUUGAGUAUGGUUGGUUUGCUACUGCCAUGAGGUUUAAUUAGUUCUAGGAUUCAAUUUCUACUGCAGUAGAUUGUUGCAACUGAGAUAUGCUCAUUCGGGCAUCCUGGCGAAUAAAAGUGAUUCUAGAUUAUAUUGCCCUAACGUGUAAUGCCUGUUACUCUGACUACUUCGCUUUCUGCACGUUCUUUAAAUCAAUGCACCCAGCAAUGUACUAAUUGUAUUUGAGGAAAUAAAAGAGCUGCCUCUUUGUGCGUGCCUUAUUUUUGGGUAAUGAUAGGUGUUUAAUAAAGAUGAUUACCUAUAAA